AUGAUCAGAACCCUCAAAGCUUGGGUGCGCAAGCGGCGAGCACGCUUAGAGCAGCAGUGCGCCCCGACGGGGCAAGCCGACGCCGCGCUCGUUUCCGAUGAUGGCGUCUGCCUCGGCAACAGCACCGAUGCAAAAGCAGGCUCCCUGGAGCUCAUACACGUGGAUCUGGCGGAUCUCGACCCCAGGUUUGAUGGCGUCCGCACCAUCUGCAAGAUGGUGUUCAAGGUCCCCAUCGCUCUGGUCUGGCUCGAGUCGGGCCUGGGCGGAGACCCAUCAGACAGCGGCGCGGACCCGUCGGCGUCGCUGGCCGCACGGAACCUGGCAACUUCUCAGCCCUUAGUCAUCGAGGACGCCCUCUUGGACGGCCACCUGCGCUGCGGCCCCCUCGUCGCGGGCCCGCCCCGCCUCCGCUUCUACGCCGGCUGCGCCCUGCUAUCUAGCGCCGGCGCGCGGCUGGGCACGCUCUGCUUCGCGGACACGCAGCCGCGCGCGUUUGAGCUGGAGGCGCGAGGCGUGCUGGCGAGCCUCGCGGACAUGGCGGCGCGUGAGGUGGAGGGGGACUGCGCUCACGAGCUUCAGGCGAGACAACAGCAGCAGCAGCAGCAGCAGCAACAGCAGCAGCAGCAACAGCAGCAGCAGCAGCAGCAGCAGCAGCACGGGCCGCCUUCGCCGACGCGUGGCUUCGCCGGCGGCACAACCGGCGCGGCGCGGCCGCCCGGCCGGAUAGCCGUGGCGCUGGAAUUGAUGGCGUGCGCGGCAAUGGCUGUGCAAGCGCCGCGACCCGCAAGCGGCUGCCCCGCCGGCGGGCUCGGCGCCGGGGAAUGGAGGAUUCUUGAUACCAACGCGGCGUGCCGGAAGCUUCUGGGCUGCGACGAGCACAGCUGCCGAGGCGGCGGCGGCGCGGCGUUCUGGAGUGUAUUCCAGCCCCUUGGAGAGGCCGGCGGCCCGCCCAUGUGCUCGGUGUCCGCCUCGGUUGCCGCCGCCGAGCACGCUUGCGCCCGCCGCCUCCGCGAGCGCGACGCCGCCUGCGAGCUGCGCGUGGCUUUCUCGCGCGGCGCCGGCUGCGGCGCCUGCGGCGGCCGCGGCGGCGGCGGCUGGGAGGGAGGAGGAGGCUGCGCUUCUGGCAGCAGCGGGGCUAGCAACGGGGCCGGCUUCGGCGGCGGCCGGGCUUCGGGCGCUGCGGUGCUGCAGGUGCGGUGCGGGCUGGAGCUUGUUGGGGCGGCCCCCUCCACCAGUCCUCAGCAGCAGCAGCAGGAGCAGCAGGAGCAGCAGCAGGAGCAGCAGCAGGAGCAGCAGCAGGAGCAGCAGCAGGAGACUUACAUCGUGUCCCUCAAGGAGCUGAAGUGUGCGGUGUCCCAGCCUUUGCCCGGCUGCGGCACCCUCCUGACCAGCAGCUGCAGUUGCAGCUGCAGCAGCGGCGGCUGCUGCGGUGGCGGCCGCGGCAGCAGCAGCUGUGGACGCGGCAGCAGCUGUGCUCGCGGCAGCAGCUGUGGCCGCGGCAGUAGCUGCGGCCGCAGCAGCGGCUGCUACGCCCCUGGCGGCGGGAGCGGCUGGCAGGCGGCGGGGCUGUCCAGCUGUGAUGGACGGGCGGGCGGCUCGGAGGACGCGAGCUGGCAGCCGGCAACGCCGGCGCGGCACGCUGCGGCCCAUGGCGCCGGCAGCGGCGCCGGCGUUUUGAGCGGCAGCUCUUCGGCGUCGGUGUCGGCGCCGCUGCUGCGCAGGCAGAUCGGGGAGUCUUCAGGGUGGAGCAGCACCGCUAGCGGCAGUGCUGUGCACAGCAGCACCGCCUGCAGCUGCACCGCCCACACAGGCUGCGGCAGCGAGGGCGCGUCUGCGGGGUCCCCGGGCGGCGGCACAUUCGGGGAUGUGCUGCUUGGGCCGGUGAUUGGAAAGGGGUCGUUCGGGAAGGUCUACAGAGGGAGUUGGCGCGGCGCGGACGUGGCCGUGAAAGUUUUAAAAGUGCGUGAAUCAGCGCAAAGCCACAGCGGCUGCCUCGCCGCCGACAUCCCCAGUGCUUGCCCCGGCUCGCCCUACGCCGCCGCGCCCGGCGCGGGCUUCCCCGCAAGCCAGGCAGCCCACGGGCAUCUGGCGGGGGCGGGGCGCGGUGCCAAGGGGGUGGCGCCGCUCGAGGGGCUGCUGCAGGAGCGGGUGCGCCACCCAAACGUCGUGCGGAGCUUUGCGGUGUUCACCCGCACCCUGACUGCCAGCUCAGCGCCCGGCGGUUGCAAGGGCGAGGGUGGGCGAUUUGCGGCCGGGGAGGACGUCGGGCCGUCGGACAGCGGCCUUGGCGCCGGGGCGUUCAGUCUGAAAGCCCACGGUUACAGCAGCAGGAGCAGCAGCAGCAGCAGCUCCCUCCAGGCGCCGACCACCUCGCUAGCAACAGUAGCAGCACCGCAACUGUUGCAGCAGCGGCAGCAGCAGCAGCAGCAGCAGCAGGAGCAGCGGGAUCGCUGCCGCGGCGCGGCGCGCCUCACGCAGGCCGCGAUCGUUUUGGAAUACUGCAGCCAGGGCUCCCUCGCCAGCGCUAUCGAGGGCGGCCGCCUCGGCCUCGGCCGCCUGCCCGGCGUCCUGGCGACCGCGGGCCGGCUGCGCGCGGUGCUGGCGACCGCCGGGGAGGUGGCGGCGGCGAUGGCGCACCUGCACAGCGAGGUGUCUGACUUUGGCCUGAGCCGCAGCGUGGGUGACGAGGACGGCGUCAUCGCCACGCGGUCCUACGGCACCGUGACGCACAUGCCUCCGGAGCUGCUGCUGGAGGGCCGCAUGAGCAAGGCCGCGGACGUGUACAGCUUCGGCGUGCUGCUCUGGGAGAUGCUCCAGGGCGGGCCCCCCUAUGCGGGCAUGACCGCCGGCCAGGUCCUGCACGCCGUCAGCACUGGCGCCACCCUGGGCGUCCCGCCCGCCGCGCCGGACGCCGUGCAGCUGCUGCUGGCGCGCUGCCUGGACCCUGAGCCCUCAAACAGGCCCACCUUUUCAGAGGUGGUCGCGUCGCUGCGUGGCCUGGAGGCGCUGUCCCCCUGGAGCUGA